CUGGCGCAACAGCUGUUUUCUGCCGGUCGUUUUAUAAUCACUUGAUUUUCCUAUUUAACUUUUUGAUUUUCCCUGUUUUAAGCCACAAAAUGUCAAUGUUGAUGCAAGGAGUGUCGAGACUAGCCCGUCAGUUCACCCGCCCACUUGUUGCUUCCCGCUCUUUUGCGGCAGCGACGCCUUACGGUAAUGGCGAUGAAGUUCUGGUAGAGCGAUUACAGGGACCUCGCGAGGGAAUCUCUGUUAUUGGCCUGAAUAGGCCGGCAGCGAAGAAUUCCUUCAGCCGGGGCAUGGUGGAGACAUUCACCGAUGUCCUGGACGAUAUAAAGAAGGAUAAUGCAAACAGGGUUGUUAUAUUGCGCAGUCUUACACCUGGAAUCUUCUGUGCCGGCGCCGACUUGAAAGAGCGAAAGGGCAUGUCUCCCGAAGAAGCGACCGAGUUCGUAAAGGAGCUCAGGGGUCUGCUCAUCGCCAUCGAGCAACUGCCCAUUCCCGUCAUCGCCGCUUUGGAUGGCGCUGCCCUGGGUGGUGGCCUGGAAAUGGCUCUGGCCUGCGACAUUCGCACCGCCGCUUCGAACACCAAAAUGGGUCUCGUAGAGACUAGGUUGGCCAUCAUCCCUGGAGCCGGAGGCACUCAAAGACUGCCACGCAUCCUGUCACCCGCACUGGCCAAGGAGCUGAUUUUCACGGCGCGUGUUCUCGACGGAGCGGAGGCCAAGGAUCUGGGGCUGGUCAAUCAUGUGGUGCAGCAGAACGAAGCCAAGGACGCCGCCUACCAGCAGGCCCUCAAGUUGGCCGAGGAAAUCCUGCCCAACGGACCCGUGGGCGUGCGAAUGGCCAAGCUGGCCAUCGACAAGGGCAUGCAGGUGGACCUGGCCACCGGCUACUCCAUCGAGGAGAUCUGCUACUCACAGGUGAUACCCACCAAGGAUCGCCUCGAGGGACUCGCCGCCUUCGCCGAGAAGCGCAAGCCCGUCUACAAGGGGGAGUAGAAUCUAACCACUCCUAAAGUUAAGCUGACAAUUGCAUUUAUAAUUUUAUCUGUUACUGUUGUGGAAACACUCAAGCGGCAAAGCCCAGUUCAAUUGUUUCUAUAUAAAUCGUUCGAUCCUAUCGAGCUGCCAAAUAACUUAAAUUACGCUAAUUGUAGUUAAUAGCUGCGGUGACGCAUCUCUAUUUAGUACUGAAAAUGCUAAUUACAGCCAUUAAAUACCACCGAUCGACAUACA